AUGCGGCAAGCAGGAAGGGGAGCGGCGGCGUCCGGGGGCGGUCAGGCGGGGCCCGGGGGCGUGGGGGGGGCCGGGGCCAGGUGCGACGGCGCAAGCCGCACGCGCGAUGGCCCGGGCGUGGGGCAAGGGAAGGCAGGGCCCGGAAAACGCCGGGACGGCCGGGGGGGGGCCCGGGAGGGGGGGCCGGCUCCAGAGGCGGCGCGGCGGGGGAGGGCGGACGCGGGGGCCACGACGGGUAGCCGGAGCGGCCAGGCGAGAGCCAACGGGGGGCAGCACGGGCCGAGGGGCCGCGGCUCCGGAGCCGUACGACAAAGCCGCAAGUCCCACGCCGGCGCGGAGGCGAAGGGAGGGGGGAAUCCGGCCCCCAAAGGGGUGGUAAGGGGCAAGGGACGCAGCCACCGGGAAACCGCACGAGCAAGCGGCCCGUGGCUGCAGGUAUCUCCUGUAGAAGGAGGGGAGGGCGUGACGGGCCGGAGACGGCGGGAGGCACCAGCUUGGAGCAAGAAACCCGCCGACAAGAAAGGGGCUGCAGGCCCGGCAGCGGCGGGAGGGGGGCAGGCGGUGGGGGCGUUCCGAUAUUUCUUGUCUAGUGACUCCCAUAAAGCUUUGGGCAGAUGUAGUUCCUGCAAAGGAAAUCCGACUGGUUCCAUGCAUCAGAAGCAGCCACUGUUUCUAUUGUAUCACCAGGUGCAGGAGGAUCUGCUUUCAAGAUAUGAGCCAAAAUUCAAUGUGGCUUUUCUGCAUGAUUAUGGGAUGAAGGCAACACACACAGCAGGUGCACUUGUCUUCACAGAAGGACCCACUUUCUGUAUCUCAUUCGACAUUUUCCUUAAUUGA